AGCAUUGUCUCCAAGGUGAUUGUACACAUGGUACUCAACCCGCCCAGCACCGGUGGCAGCAGACCGAAACUCCCACCUGUCACGCGACGUGUCUCAGAAAUGCCUCCGGUAUCGCCACGGCCCAGAGACGAUGCUCUACUACCCCGCCGCACCCAAUCACAAUCAUCCUCAGGCGUACAAGCAGGUGUAUCCGCCAAUCAGAUGUCUGUAAAUCACGGCCAGACGACGGGGAGCGCUAAUCAACUGGCAGGAAUUCCAACCGAGACACGCAUGCUGCACACCCAUGCGCAGACCAGAUCUCAAGGCCACACUUCGCACCUGCAGGAACACACUUUCACAUACACUCGUGCGCUGGCUGGUCCGGGUAGCCCCGCCGCCUUGCCCUUAAAACCUGAAAUAGCGGACAGGUUACACCGUCUCGCUGUAGCACGCACACCUGUUGGCAUCCGACAUCUGGCCCACGCACACACACACACAUAUGUGGGGAAUUUGGCUGGCGGGGACGGGCGGGGCGUGGGGGAGAGGACCGACAGCGGCUGUGCUGUGGAGACGAGUGAUGUGUGUGCGGAAAGUGUGCUUCAAACAACGCAGGUAGCACAAAGGUCAAGGGGGGUGGGUUCAAUGAGCCCGCCAGAGGGUACCCGGACAGUGCAUGGUAUGUACGUCACACCCCUCUCGACAAACGGAGCGUCUCACUGUGCACAAACCAAGACCAUCGAUGGCACAACACACCCCCACACACCGCCUAACCCAGGCAGAGGUACAGAUGCAGGCACAGGCACAGGUACAGGUACAGGCAUAGUCACAGGUGUAGGUACAGGCCUGUCCUCACACAUCCUUUCGUACGAACAAGUACCAAGCUCCAGCCUGCUGGGUGCUGUCAACACCAUACCAUCCACCGGACAGUUCGGUACCCCAUGCGGUGUCGAACCAGAGCGCCAGUCACGCGCUGAGCUGUUUGGCUCAGUCGCAGCGCAGGACCAAGCCAUCCUCAACACAAAGGGCCAAGAACACCGGGGCGCCCGUCUCACCACACACGGCACUACACAGAACAUCUCUACGCGUGCCACUGGACAAGUACCGUUACCUGAGAGUGUGCAGGACGCAACACCCUUACCUAACCACGCGGUAGCCGAAACACAGACACAGACGCUGAGGCGGCCCCGAGCGUAUUCCCAAGGUGAUGUGUUGGCCUUUGCCGGUGCAAAGUCUUUGCCCAGUACCGCGAGUGGGUAUAGCCAGCAUGGUAGCUCGACUGUGGAUGUGCGCAAGGCCCAGACGCUGCACGACCCGACAGACGAGCGCCCGCCCGGCCGGCCGGCCAAGGGUGCGACCUCGGCCCAACUGCACAAGCAAACCUCUCAGACACACAUACAGGCACAGGCAGACAGGUUUGGUGGCAGAGGUGUAAGUAUGUCACCCACCCACCCUCCCACCCCCACAACGGGGCUUUCACCCGCACAACUCAGUGAGUUGCGGCUACAGGCGCCUGUGGAUCCGGUGCAAACUAAUACCACACUCAGGCAGACUAAUACUGACCUGUCACCAGCUAUUGUUCAACGCGCGCACGACGAGGACACUCCCCCUGCCAGACCACCACACGAUACAGUGCGAAGGCGGCGGACGACGCACACGCAAACAGACACCGUGCGUGCACUGGGUAUAACUACGCCUACCGCGAGAUCGAACUCUCGUCCCAGUAUUACCCAAAAUCAUACCGGGAUACCACACAAUGAGGGGCUGUACCCGGCCAGUGCAGUGUCUGCAUCCAUACAGCAGGUGAUCAAUGGGGAAGUUCGGUCCCAGUCGCCUGUGCAGAGCUCACCGUUGACUGUCUCGGACGGGGCGAGGUAUAACCCUCCAGUGCCCGUACGAGAUCUAGAUCUAGAUCUGAUGGACGAGCCGAUAACACACCCGUGGCCCAUUGGGAGCGGCCUCGGAGCUGGUACCAACUCCGAGAGUGCAAGGGAUGACACGGGUGGGUUGGGACUUGGUAUCAACAGACCGGGGUUGGGGAAGCACGAACCUCGAACACAUGUCGAUGAUGGUGCGCAUGUAGACAGUCCUCUGGACAGUGACCUGCCUGGGUGUGACUCGGGGUAUCAACCGGACGGGACUUGGUAUAGUGGCACGAAUGUCACCCACAGGCCCGCAGACAGGGGGAGUGGGAUGGCCGGGGUGUAUGGUUCAUAUGGAGAGGCCUAUAGUGGGGCUCGGCCGCAGAUGUGUGUACCCGGCGGGGGGAAUACUGUACCGGCGUUGUUGACGAAUGGUACGCGCACUGGCGACCAGGCCAUCAAGCAGAGUGUGGUAGACAGUAACUACCACAGCAUAGCAGACGAGUACGUGCAGGUGGAAAGCGACUAUGGUAGUCUGGCGGCGGGGUACACACACGGCUAUAGUAACGAUAGUAUGCACUCAGUAGUAGGUACGGCGGCGUCUCCGGACAGCCGCAUGGCUGGACACGGAGUCAACGCGGAUAGCAACCAGAGCCCAGGUACUACCUAUACCCACACCCACACCCACACCCACACCCACACCCACACCUACACCCACACCCACACCCGCCCACACAGCCAGACGAGCAACCAGGUGCACCGAGAUGUGCUAAGCAGGAACUGGUGUGUCCUGGACGAGGCACGGGACCGGUCCUUGAUUUCCCCACGGUACUAUAGCGAGAACAACGGUUCUGCAGGGAUAAUGCCUGAGGUGCUGGGGCUGCCCCUGAGUAGUAGUAAGCCCAAACCAAACUCCAACCCGGAAGGUUACCAUGGUUACGGGAACAAGCUAUUCAAGUCGCACACGGCGGGGGGUGUUCCGUCGUAUCCACUGGCGAAUGAAUCGAAUCCGGAUGGCUUCGAAAAUAACAAGUAA